CACCCCGCACCCCAUGUGGCGUCUCCCCGGCCCUACAGAGCCCACUGGUCCUCAGGAUCAAGACUGAACCAGUCACUCAGGAGGACUCCGAUGUGUCACCUCUGCUGCUUGGUCUGCCCUCAUUCAAGGUCAAACAGGAGCCCCAAGGACACGACCCCACCAGACAGACCCUAAGGGGAGAAUUUGAUGAGGCUGUAGCUCGGGUGGGUCCAUCAGGGACUGAGGUUGAAGGUGAGGUUGAAGAAACAGAAGACACACAGCAAGGACUUUCAACCAAGAGAAGAAACAGGACUACAAAGGUACAGGAGAAGAGAGCCACCAGGCGGUCCACCAGGGCUGCCGCCAGGGACAGCAAAGCCGUUAGGAGCUCACCCAGGGUCAAAAACUCACAACAGAGUAAGAGAAACAGUAGGGGUGGGAAGAGAAAAUCUUGCUUUGAUGAGGAUUCCGACAUUUCAGAAGAUGAUGUUUCUAUUGUGAGAGCAAAAGGGAAGAGGAGCCGAGGUCAAAGGGUGUCAUCUAGUCAGAGUGGCAGUAAACAGAAGGCUGGUGUGCCAACAGAAGGGUCCCCCGGUCUGAAGCAGCUGACCCUAACUCAGGCCAUGUUUAACCAGAAGACAGAGCUGCACAGGUCCCAGGUGUACCGAGGAGGCCUGAGGAAGAAGGAGCCGCCCCUCGAGGACAGCCACCUGCAGCAGGUCCUGGAGCUGUCCAGGAAGGAGACGUCUCCUCAUGCUGCCGAGGAGGCGGAGGCUGUGCGGCUGGCGGUCCAGCGCUCCAUCCACGACAUCACCAACACACGGGAGCCCGCACACAGGGCACGGAAACAGGGCGGGGCUAAACCAAGGAACAGAAACAGGUCCACACAGAGCACCAGUAGUGAGAACUGUCAGCGCGCUCUGGAAGACACAUUCGACCCAGAUUGCACCUUCCUGCCAGGGAAGUUCAAGGUGCCGGGCGUACCAAGCACAAGUACCCAGAGGGACACCCAGUUCCAGAGUCAGCAGUACACUAACGGACCCCUGAACGGCAGCCUGGACCCAGACAUACAGCUGACAGAGUUGGACACUACCACCCUGCCUGUGGACAGUCAGGGGUGUGGGGAUGACGGAAGAGGGAGGAAAAGGAAUGAUGUUGUCAAGUUUGGGAGAGGGAAGACAGACAUCAGUCGCCUGUUUGAUGAGACAGAUUAUGGAGGAGAGGAAGGUGAAGACAUGGACACUGAUGUUAACCUCAGCACACCAGAAGUGACGGAGAGGAAGAAUGUGGGGAAGUACAGAAGGAAAGAGCCAGCGGGGGACGACUCUGACAGCUGCUCAGACUUGUUUGAAGUAGAGGGAGAGUGGGAAGAUGAUGAUCACUGUGAUGAUGUUGAUGAUGAUGAUGAUGAGGAGGACAGGGCUGGGAGGAGUAGAACUAGAAACCUUCCGGACAACCUGGCAGAUUUUGACAGGGUUCCCAGAAAGGACGAAGGACCAAACUACAAGUACGCCCAGGUGGUGCGUAAGAAAGACGAACGGCGCAAGCUGCACGGACACGACUGCCAAUGCUGCAAGGACUGGUACGGAGACAUGUCUGAGUCCCAGAAGAGGCUGCGUAUGAAGGCGACGUCCCGCCACCGUCAGCAGCACUCCCCCACCUCCACACCAGAGGGCUUCUGGGACAUCGGGAUGCAGGACACACCAGAGCUGAGGGCUAGAGGUUACCUGAAGGCAACUCAAGCCCCGCCGGCCAGGAAGAAGAGACGCCGACCCUACAAGCAGAACUUCUCACCUGUCAAGACAGGACAGAAAGACUGACUCACCUGAUGAUGUCAGAGACAGCCCUGCCUUAAAGAUUUUAUGUUCUAACACAGCUUCUUAUAGACUACAUCUGUACAUACUUUAAUUCACAUAUCAACUGGAUAAACGACUGUAUUACCCUAUUGACCAGUGCAGUUUUUGCACUUGUAACUUUUACGUAUUUGGGCAUUUUUCUCGAUUAAAAGCAUCUAUUCAUUAUUAAUGAAAUGAUAUUGAUAUUUGCUAUAAGGUACUGGUAGAUCAAGCCCAGUGGGUGAAUUGAUUGAGUAAGAAUAGAAAGGGAAAAAUGUGCAGUUAUUUGUGUUGUAGAUUUUAUAU